AUGCUUCCAAUUAGAUUAUCCUCAUCAAUUUUUUUAUCCGCAUUAGAAAAACAAAGUGCAAAAACCUUUGUUCGUUUGAAGUCUGAGAUAUUUCAAAAACACAUUCUUGAUGGUUUUCUAGAGACUGUUGGAAAUACACCGUUAAUUAGACUUCCAAGAAUAAGCAAGGACGCUGGAUGUGAAAUUCUUGUCAAAGCAGAAUUUCUAAAUCCUGGUGGCAGUGUAAAAGAUCGAGCUGCUUAUUUCCUAAUCAAAGAUGCACUGGAUAAAAACUUGAUAAAGCCUGGAGGCACCAUUGUUGAAGGAACAGCUGGAAAUACUGGUAUAGGACUGGCACAUAUUUGUAAUGCAAUGGGAUUUAAAUGCGUGAUAUUUAUGCCAGAGAAUCAGUCAAAAGAAAAGAUUGAUAUAUUACGAGUGUUAGGUGCGGAAGUAACUACGGUUCCUGUAGUACCAUUUACCGACCCACUAAAUUAUAAUCAUUACGCACGACGAUAUGCCGAAAAAUUAGAUAAUGCAUUAUGGACAAAUCAGUUUGAUAAUAGAGCUAAUCGAAUGGGACAUUAUGCAACAACUGGUCCAGAGAUAUGGAGACAGACCAAUGGUAAAGUAGAUGCAGUUGUAUUAUCGACAGGUACUGCUGGGACAUUGGCUGGUGUUAGUAUGUUUUUAAAAGAAAAAAAUUCAAAUAUUAGAACUGUUUUGGCUGAUCCACCUGGCAGUAGCCUUUAUCAUUACAUUAAAAGUGGAAAACUCGAUCGCACGGAUGGUUCUUCUAUCACGGAAGGUAUUGGGCAAGGAAGAAUAACAGAAAAUUUAAAAGAUGCACCUAUUGACGAAUCAUUAUUCGUUAGUGAUCAAGAAACGGUUAAUAUGACAUUUCGUCUAUUAUGUGAAGAAGGUUUGUAUGUUGGUGCUUCCUCUGGUCUCAACGUAGCUGCAGCAGUAACGGUUCGGAUGCGACAAGAUGAUAUUUAUUUAGUUGAAAAGUUUACAAAAAUCUACAAUGAUAUUUGUCAAUUACGGCAGGCUUUUGAAUAUUCAACAGUAGAGUGUCGAAAUAAACGUGCUGAAAGUGAACCAAAUAUCACUGAUACACGAUAG